GGUCGUGAAAGUGCUGGAAGGACGCUGCAUGUUGUUCUGAAUACGUCGACAUUUUAUAGUACCAAAUAGGGCAUGCUGAUGAAUAAAGGGGUGCACAUCAUUUGAAACAAUGACGACAUCGUUCUUGAAUACCGUGCAGCGUCCGAAUGCCGCCGUUAAGGCUGAGCCGGGUGAAUCGACUGCAAAAAAGGUGACAGCACAGCAGCGCGCGCUACCUGCGAAACCCAAGAAGGGCAAUGAGGGGGUGGACUUACGGUUUUGAUCGUGCUCAUUGUGAUGAGGAUUCUACACAGCUAUGUAUGUUGUCCUCCCAUUUUUAGUCUCCUGAUAGUGAUUUAAUCAAGUACGUUUCCACUAAUACACGCAAAGAAGCGACGAGCCUUCCCAGAGCGCCCACCAGUACCGGAGGGUUUGCUCUGCCCUCUGAGCGGUUUGCUAAUGCAAACCCCUGUCCUGCUAGCAAGCGGGCAUAUAUUCGAACUGGAUAACAUUCGGGAGUAUGUCCGGCAACACGGAAGAAACCCUAUAUCCGGCGAUCACAUCAGUAAUGCCGCAGAGCUGAGCUACCGCCACGUACGAUGGCUACGCGACACCAUUGUCAGUUCUACGUUUUCUUGGUCGUCAUUUCUCCGUAAUACGAAUAAGUUGGUCUUCAGCAACAUCGUUUAGCUCUCCAGGUAGUAUUACGGUCAGCUUUUACCCAUCUUUCUCGUCUUCUCGAUACGCGUUUCCCUUGUAUUUCAUGGGAGAGGGGUCGAGAUGAGGGGACCGAGAUGGAUUAAAACUGACGCUAAUAGUAUAUUGGUUAUUAACUUUCGGCUUCUUAUGGGGAUUGAUAUAGGAGAGAGAGAGACCUAGUAGAGCACCAUCGUUGACCUCUCCUCUCUUUGUUGUAAAAUUGGAAUCUAUAACAAGAGGCGUAAAGACACGUUGUUGGCGAACGUUGAGACCACAUUGUCGCGUACUCGAUCAGCCGCGCACACGCAGGAUCCAGAGAACUCGAAACCUCUCGGCGACGUUCGACCGCAUCCACAUGAUCUGCGUAUAGAUCUGACGCUGCGACGAGUGGCUUAUUUACGGGCACUAUGAUUCGAGUUAUUUAACCCAUGGUCGUCUUGUAGCAUCAGUUUGCUACCUAAAGUUCAAGAGAAGCAAAAAUAAAAAGUUGUUGUACUUGUAGUUGUGAAACAAGCUGGAUCCUUUUCCUUUCCGGUCAUUCACGUUCUAAAAUAUCAGCUGAAGCGUCUGAAUCGGCUUUAUCUAGCUAAAAACAAUGCACAGGAAGAUACCACCAACGGCAGCCACUUGGUGGGCGAAAGACUUCUCCGAAAGUUGGAAGAUUUUGUGUCGCGUUUCGAUAAAUCUUCAGGAGCCGAUGAGAGAGCAGGAGACGGAGCCGGUGAUGAGAGAGCAGGAGACGGAGACGGAGCCGGGGAUCCGGCAAGUAGAAAGAAGCCGACCAUACUGAGAGGGACCUCGCGAAGCUUCAUCCUCGACGCGCAUCGCGAGUUCCAGGCUGCAGAGAAAGAGUGGGCAUCGCGGGACGUCCGACAGGCAAACCAGGAAAAUCGGACGAGGACAAACAAACGAAAUCAGACGCAAACCGCACAUCAUGGCGGGGCGGGUAAGGCUACCACGCUAGCUGUAGGUGCUAAUGCGUCAGUGCCAAUUGUUCGCGAAGGCGCGACAGUACCAGCAUCUUCCAAGCGCCCGGCUCCAACAGCAGCAGCAGCGAUAAGUGGUAAAGCUUCGCUACGAGCGGGGGAAAAUGUACUUGCUCCACUGGGUCAAAAAAGUGGCAAACAAGAUGUCCAACGAUUGAAUCAAAAGGGUGUACCUCGCACCGCAGGCGCGACGGGAGGACAAGCAGCUGCAGAACAAGCCGUGGCCUUUUAUUUGCAGCAAAUUGUACCAGGUGUCAGUUACGACUGUGUAUUACCAGUGACGGCGUACGGGAACGCCACUACCGUCUCGUAUCCGUUGAACAACGAGCACAUCGAAUGGUUUCUUGCUCUUCCACAGCGUGACACCUUGCGCACCCUGUUCUUUUCUGACGCAGCCCCCAGUGCGAAUCCACUUAUGAGGAAUUCUGUUUGUACCUACUCUUGUAACUUUCAUCAAUCAUCUUUCUCAAUUAAGUACAAUCGUAAUCGUUUUGAGGUGGGAAUGGCUCAUUUGCGCUUUCGAGAUGGCACUGAAGAACAGGAAAGUCAAAAUUUUUUAAAAGUGUCAGUCUAGAACAAUCUUCAUCAUCAUCAUCAUCAUUUUUAAAAGACGUCAGGCACAGGCACACUUUUAAUCUUGAGCUUCCAGCGACAGCAGUCCAGCUUCGAGAAGUGCUUGUGCGUGAGUGGAGUCGCGUGACGCAGACUCCUCCGCCGCAAUCAGAAGAGGAAAGUAAAGUGCAGCUUGCAGGAGUUUUCAGUUGGGUGUGUUUCGUACAGGAUGCUGUUUGUUCGAACAUUCAACAGAGAAACGCCAUGCUUCAUGGAGGAGGUGGGGUGAAACCUUCCACACAGAAUAAUGUGUACAUGACGACAGAGCAGCUCAUAAUUGAGGAAGAAGUUGAAAAUUCGCCAUCGGAAAGCUCGGAAUCUGACGAGGCUAAAAAGGCAAAGUUGCCUAAACGUUUACGAGAGGGCGCCGCAGCAGUGACGAAAAGACGCCGUGUCGAGCAGCCGGACCGAACUCCCCAGCAACAGGAUCAGCUUCGCAUCCACACUCUUAGUGCUGGCGAAGGAGCUCCUGCGCAAUUAAACACCAGAGUGAAUACCAAUGUUUCGAUGUUUUUGAAGAACCGAACUGGUGCGGCGAGCACGACGAACGAAGCAGAAGUUGCUGGUCGGAUGCUCACACGCCGACAGCAAGCAAUGAUGCAGAUGUCAGGUGGGACUGUUGGUUGGAGUCCUGCCAAAGCCGGGAAUGCAUCCGCUCGGAUACGUCGGCCACGGAACAAACCUGCUGGCGACGAGAGCUCCUCUAGCGACGGCGAACCGGGUGAGCAGCCGCCCGCCGCUUCCAGCUCGUUGAACUUUUUAUGGCCAUCAUAGGGUUGGUCAAUGAAAAGCCCAAUAACGUCACGGAAAUGGUGAAAUUGUGAGACUUCUCCAGUUCCUCCUUGUCAUUGCUCAUGGCUGAUGAUAAUGAAAGAAGCGCUAAUUUUCGGACCGAAAAGUCGAAGCGGGGAUUUAAGCCUAGGACCACAGCCGCGCACAGGAGAUUUAAGCUUAGACCCCAUGUUUUCGGAUUUUGAUGCGCUCCUCGACGCCGACGAAUUGGCAGUACUCGAAGCAAAGUCGCCUGUUGAUUCUCCACGAGGGACCGUCCUGAGUGCAGCUUCAAGAAACACAAGAGUUCUGGGACAGAAUCAAACAGGACCACCGACCACGGGAGAAAUGGCUGCUACGCCUCAAGCUCCUGGAUCCGGCGUUGUUUCGAACAUCCCGACAUCCCGAUUCAACCCCCUACUUGGGAUUCCUACGACAUUGCCCAUCGCCGACAUCGUGCUCAAAGUGAGCGGGGUAACUUUAUGCCUUCACCACUGAAAAGAAAUAUCAUGUGACUGAUGACGGUUUGUUGACGUCAAGGUCCGCAAAUCGACAUGCACCAGCAACAAAUAGAGGUUGAAUAGAUAAAAGGAACAACAGUAAAAAUAGGUAGAAGCAGAAGCACCCCUCUUGCCAGCUUACUGCAUAGAAUAGAUGGGGGGUAUUACUAGGGCAUCUGGAUCUGCAUACUUUCAUACAACGGGUGGCAGAAAAUGAACGGUAUCUACGUUUUCGAUGAUGCCAGAAAAACCGACGUUUCACCAUUCUUCCGCAAUAAUACCACGGGAGCAUUCUUCUUCAUGCAAAAACACGCGACGGCUGGAUCUGCUCAGCUUUCGCCAGUCAUUGUACUAGUACCUUAACUUUUCCCAUUCUUCGAUCAUAUCGUUGUUGUACAGGUAGUUGCUCCAAGGAGUCAUAUCUGAUUUUUUUACAGGAGCCGGCUUUGCGUGUUUAUUGUGAUGUUAUUCGUAUCGGUGUCGUCAGAGGAUCCGACAAGCACAAGAUCAACAACGUGUUAUGACCAACACCACUCAGGCGCCAGCAAGUUACAUUCGCGAGUAUUGGCAAGACGAUGAGAAGCGACGCUUAAACGCCUUCGGUGGAGUAGUUUGCUACGUCGAAGGGAUGUGGAUGGAGGCUCGUCCAACGCCUGGCGUUGCUGGAGGUUGUGAGUGGCUACCGGUAGACGCAAAAACUUUCCGCAUAUCUUGGACCCAAAGAACCAAGCAUCCCUGGGUUUUCACAGCCCUCGUUCUGGGAGACUAGUCAAACACUUUUGUAGUUAAACGCAGAAACAAAUAGAAGUCAAGUGAUCAUGCGGAUGACCGUAAAACUAUAUUCAUUGAUUCCAUGCCCAUGCCGACAUCGAUUUUUUGAUGUGCCACUACAUUGCAUAGAAAAGUAUGUGCGUUACGUCGAGACUUGCUGCAUGCUCAGAGUGCGCAAGAAGUGACCUACCAGAGAACUCUGCAUCAUAAGUGCAGGAUGCGGGGCACGGACUGGUUUCGGGUCAAGACGAGACGCUAGAAGCAUCGAAUGCCCACGUAAGUAGAAAAUAAAGCGAUCGCGAAAAGAGAACAGUAUAUCUAUAAGAAAGUAUAUCUUUGAUUAGAGGGAAGGUCACCCAUCAUCCUCGGAGUUGAGCAAGGUGCCGG